AUGAAGACCAAUACAGCAACAACAGCAGCAACAGCACCAAUCGAAGCAGCAGCAGCAGAGGAAGCAGCAGCAGCAGCAAAUAACACCAGCAGCAGCACCACCAGCACCAGCAGUCGCCGGUGCAGCAACCAGCCGCAGCAGCAGCAGCAGCAGCAGCAGCAGCAGCAGAAGCAGCAUCAACAACAACAGCAGCAACACUAUCGGCGCGGCGAGCUGCAGCAGCAGCAGCAGCAACAGCAGCAGCAGCGGGAGCCGCAGCCUCUGUUGUUGUGUGCGCACUCAAAAGUGGUGCAAUGCAACAUAACAAGUGCAGCAGCAGCAGCAUUAGCAGCAGCAGCAUUAGCAGCAGCACCACUAGCAGCAGCAGCACCAGCAACCACCUUCGGUGGUCAGCCACUCAUUUUCGUGGUUAAUGGUGCAGCAGGAACAGCAGCAGCAGCAGCAGUGACAGCAGUCAGCAGCACAAAGGACAACUGUCUUACCAACGGCAUCUCCACCUGCAGCAGCAGCAGCAGCAGCAGCAGCAGCAGGUAG